UGAAGCUGAGCAGUGUGCGGGUUGAGGAGCAGGAUCACUUCUGUCCUCAGAGCUCAGGACGAUCCAGUCUCAAGUGUCACUGAGAGGAGCAGAGUCUGCAGCUGGUUGUCCACAGAGAAACAAGAUUAAUAAGACACCGGACCUUUUUUCAGACUUCAGGAUGAUCUAUCACCUUUCAAAUCAACACAGAGACUAAGCUGCUUCGGCUCGGUUAAAUUAACCAUUCCCUGAAAGAGGACUAAAGAAGAAAAAGAAGAGGAGGAGGAGGACAAGUCAUUCUAUCAACAAAAGACAAUCAAAGAGGUCUAAAUUGGCGGCUUUGGGGACUAUUGGAUGUUUUGUCCCUUCUGAAACCCAGAAGAAAAGAGGAAUAAAGAAAAAGUGACACGAGAAAAGAAGGAAAAUGGUCCCAUUGUAAGAACAACCAGAAGAGGAUGUUGAUGUCUGUUGCAUCCACUGAUUCGCAAAGAGAAGAAGAAAAUAACAUUGAAAGAAACAUAGAGAGAAGAAGACAAUAAAGAUAGCUUUUUACCAAAUCCAAGAGGAGGAAUAAAGUAGAUAAGAAACAGACGGAAGAAGUUUUUCUACCAACCGAUUGAUCAAAGACCUUGUAGACCAGCAUUUGUGUCAUUCUCUAAAGUUCGGAUAACAACGAGGAACAUCAGCUUGUUAGAAUUAGGGAAGAAAAUUCAUUUUACAUCAAAGUUUGAGAUUUUUAUUAAAUAUUCUCAAAGAAAAAGGUCUUCAUUUGCAGUUUGCUGAAGACAGAGAAGUAAAAGGACCAAACAUAACAGUCAAAGGAAGCUACAAAAAGAGAAUAAUUAAACAGAGGAAUAAAGAGAAAAGAAAAAAGAGUAAAAGAGAAAUAUCUUCUGAAAAGGGAGGAAAAAUAAAUUCGAAGCGACCACAGAGACAAAAAGGAAUAAUCAAGGCACAGGGAUGAACCAAGAAGAGAGGGAAGAGUAAAGAGCCCAACAAGGACACAUUAAAGUAAUAGGGGGGACUGAAAAACAAAAGUCCUGGAAAAGGACAAAAAAGGUUUAUAGAGGAAAAUCAAGAAUAGAGACUGAGAAGGACCAGGUGUGACAAUGAGGCUGCCUGUGCUUCUUGCAGCUUCUCUCUCCGUCCUCUACAUUGCAGCCGUGGUCCCGGCAGAAAGCUUGGCCCCGGGCCGGCUGGAGCGCUGGGUCCGAUCAGGCCUCCAGUCGCUGCAGUGGGACCAGCUGGAGCGAUGCCUCCGCAUGUCCUCCCUCACUGAGGCCGAGUGCAGGCGCAUGGCCCACCUCCCAAUGUCCUCUGUGGCCGUUUACAUAUCGGAGCCUCGCUCUGCUGCAGGUAACUCAGACAAAGUUUUUGCCAUCCUGCCGGACUCCUCAGGUGGCUCGAUGAGCUACAAGCCCCGGGGAGGAUUCAGUGUCAGCCAGGCUCUGAAUGGACGGGAAGGAACCCACAGGCGACGGCAGCUUUUCCCUGGCUCCACAGCCCAUGAUGCCGUGCUGGUGCUGGAUCCAAGCCCAGGGGAGAACUUUGGACACCCAGUGGUCCUCUUCUACGUGGAUGUAAAUGUGACAAAGAAGAGAUGCUCCCACCUGGAUGGAAUUUACCUGGGUGAGGAGUGUUUGACUCUGGCUUUGAAGGGUCGCUGUCAGAACCAGCUGAAGCGUCGGCAAGCAGGGCCAGAGAGGCUCAUGGGUAACGGACAUGGUCGGCUGGCAGGUGGUGCAAUGCGUGGUAGUACAAUUACUACUAGUGGGGGAAGGCUUUGUGAAGUCCACUUCCUCCCACUGGUUGUCGGAGUUGGAGACAGCAACCGAACGCAGAGACUCAGAUGUGUUGACCAUGCAGAGUUUGCAAGGUGCCCUCAGCCGCUGCCAAUGGGCUCUCCCAGUUUGCCUGUCUCCAGCUGUGAGCUAAAUAAAAACACCAGACGCUGCCACCAGCAGCCAUUGGCCACACACCUCUCCUGUCGACUCUACCAGACCUGUGACCACGCUGUGCUCAUCUCAGGCGGCUGGCAGCAGCAGAUGACGUUCCAGCGUCAUGUCCAAAAUCUUCAGAGGUUUUACAGAAUGCUGCAGAACAACGGCUUCCACAAAGAACACAUCAAGACCUUCUUUGCCAGCAGCGGACACUUUACUGAGGAUUUAGAGGGUGUGUACUCUGCAACGGAGAAGGCAGUGAUUCGUAACCACAUGUCGUACGUCUGCAGGAAGCAGCACUGCGCCGACACACUGGUUCUGUACCUGAACUCUCCAACACGCAACGAUGGCACCAUGCUGCUGUGGGACGCCAACCUCAACGGCAUUGCUGACCUGAAGGAGCGAUACUCCGUCAACGAGCUGCUGGCCGACCUGGCGGGCUGCAGGGCGACUCGUGUUCUGCUGUUUGUGGACCAGAGCUACAGCGGCGUUCUGUCCAAGAGGCUGCGAGGGUCCCAGAAACAUCUCAACGUGGUUUUGAUCCAGAGCCAGGCACGGCAGACCCACAGCCACCAGAGGAUGAACCCUGGCUGGGAGGAGAGCAGCUGGUCCUACAUCAACCCUGCGAGCUGCCUGCUGGACCAACUGGGAAAGGGUCCUGGGAUGUCUCGUCUCCUGGAGCCAUGGGCUGGUCUAUUGAACGUGACACUGGCCGGCGCCCCCUGCAAUGCCACGCCGCCUCUGACGGAUGGCGAGAUGCGGCGAGAGUACCAGGGCUGCCAGAACUUACCAACUGCACUCUGGCAUCAGAAACACAGGAGGACCAACUGAGAGAGAGACAGAGAGACACUGAGACCAGGGCCGUGGGAAGUAGGGGUGCUGAGGGUGCUGCAGCACCCCCUGGUGGAGGACAGGGGAUCUGCACUUCCACAAGAUUAAAUACAAAUAUAAUACAAUUUUCAGCCUUGAUGUAACAACAUUCAUAAUUAAGUAAAGAUAACACCCUUUUCACCCCGGUUACAUUUUCCAUUUGCCCCGUACG